GUUUCCUGUCACUUACAUUUUACAUGUCAACAGAUCGUCUCGUGAUCUAAAAAGUCUUUUUGUCGUUUGUAUUUGCCGCUGAUUGUUUUUACUUCACUGUUCAUUGGGCGCUCGCAUUUUUUUCGACAGCCCUUAAAGGCAGCAGAUCCUCCGCUAAGCUACACAAAAUGCUCAACCCGCAGAGAUCUCUGUCCGAGCUGCCCAAGAUGUCCGCUGCCAGUCAAGUGGAGAGGGCUGUGUUGGAGGAGGAAUUCAACUGGCUGCUUAAAGAAGAGGUGCAUGCUGUCCUAAAGCAGCUCCAGGAUGUACUGAAGGAGGCAUCUAGACGUUUCUCGAUGCCGACACCAGGCCUGGAGAGUCAGCUCAAACAGGAAAACUUCAUCCUCGGCAGCUCAACGAUGGAUCAAGUGAAGGGGGUGCUGACUCUGCAGGGAGAGGCUCUGACUCAGGCUGACAUAAACCUGAAAGUUGCAAAAAGUAGUCAAGUGCUGCACUUUCAGUUCAGAGAGGACAAGCAGUGGAAGCUGCAGCAGAUCCAGGAUGCCAGGAACCACGUGAACCAGGCUCUGCAGCUGCUGAACAGCCGUGAUGAGAGCUACCACUUCAAGACGGGGGCUGAGGUUAACAAGUUAAUGGAUGCAGUGAUGCUCCAGCUGACACGAGCACGAAACCGCCUUACCACCCCGGCCUCCAUGACGCUGCCCGAGCUGGCCACCAGUGGUCUAAUGAAAAUGUUCACUCCUCCCAUGCCUGGGGACGUGAUGGUGAACUUUUACAUCAACUUAAGCAAACUGUGUCUGACUGUCUACCAACUUCACGUGCUGCCCCCCAACACCACCAAGAAUUUCAAACCAGCUGGAAGCUCAGUGUUGCACAACCCUGGGGCAAUGUUUGAGCUCAACAACAACCGUUUCGAGGUGAGCCAUGUUCACAAGGUGGAGUGUGUGGUGCCCUGGCUCAAUGAUUCGCUGGUGUUCUUCACCAUCUCCCUGCAGCUCUGUCAGCAGCUCAAGGACAAGAUAUCGGUCUUCUCUAGUUUCUGGAACUACAGACCAUUCUAGUCCACCUCCAGUCCAUCCUCCAGACUAACCAGACAAGUGUAAGGGACAUCCUGGGAAGGUUUUUAUUUUUUUUAUAUAUUUCUCAUCCAGUCAUUCAGUCUGUGUCUGAGGUGUUGCAUGAUUAGGUGAAGGAGCCAGUCAAACCCCAACAGAUAUUAAUAUUUGCCAUUCCCAGUUGUGUUAGCCUCGUUGACUGACAUUCCUCUUAUGUGUGUUUUGCAUCUCGCAGCACUGACUCGAACGAAUGAAUGUGAUUGUUGUUGAUUUAUCAGUAGAAUUAUUUUUUAUUACAUUACAUUCGUGCAACAUAAUUUUUACUGAGUAUUUAACUGGCUCUUAUCCUUAAGUUACCAUCUGAACUGUGUUAAUGUGUGGAACACUUAUCUGUGUACUCAGGGUUGGAAGACUAAGCAGUAGUAAGAGUUCAGAGUGUUUUUUUUUUUUUUUUUUUCUGAAAUACUUUUCACUUCCUUGCAAGUAAGUCUUCAUUUUUGCAUUCCCACAUGAGAUGUAUGGUCCUGUAUCCCUCUGCACAUGUUUUAAAGGCCCUCCAAACACAUUUGCUGAAUCAGCUCUUUACAGUGAGUGAUGGGGUCCUACACAAACAAAACAUCUUUUGCCAAAGAUAGAACAGGUUUGGUUAUUUCACAUGACAGAAUGGUGCAUUUGUGUUCUUGUCUUAACUCUUCUCACUGAUUUGAAGUGGGCGGGGCUCGGGUGGAAAAGGGUGAUGUCACACCCCUACGUGCACCAAUUAGGAUUUAGCAAAAGUUGUAAUCAGAUGGACGCUCAAUACACAAUCAAUGUAGUUACCCACGUAAAGGAAACCUUCUGUUACAUGAUCAGAUCAUUACUACUCUCAUGUCAGCAUGAGAAUGAACUACGAAGCUACAGCCAGCAGCAAGUUAGCUUAGCGUUAAGACGGGACACGU